CGCCUGCGUGAAAGUUUCCAUGGUAACCUAACGCUAUAGCGUUUUUCCGUUUUAUCAUGCCACCCAAGAAAAGAAAGUCAUCCAAAAAGCAACCGAAGCUGAGCAAGGCCCAGAAGGCCAAGCUGCAGCAAGAGGAGGAGGAGAGGAGGCUGCGAGAGGAAGAGGAAGCACGACUGCAAGCAGAAAAAGAAGAGCGGGAAAAACUGGAGAGAGAGGCGAAGGAAAAGCAGCUGGAGGAGCUUGAGUUAAAGGACCAAGAGCGCAGAGAAGAUGAGCUGAACGAACUCCGCCACCUGCUGGAGAAAAACCAUACUGCAGUGAUCAAAUGGAAGACUGACGCCGGAGAGAGAGAGAAGUGGGAGAAAUACAUGCGUUGUGAUGGUACUCCAGACCCAGCGGUGCAGCAGGAUAUAAACACGUAUAUGAGCUUAUGGCGAGAUGACCCAGAGGUCGACAUCACCAUCGUGCUCAAGCAAUGUAACCUCGCUCUACAGCUGAUCGAGGAGCUGGAGGUUUUGCUAAGAGACGCUACACAUCCACAAGAGAGCCACAAGUACCAGGAGGCUCUUAUAAAUCUGCAGGAGCUAAUCCACUCGAAACAUCUGCUCACCACUGAGGAGCUCCUCAAGAGGGCCAGUGCCAACAUCGACACAGAGACGGGCAACAUGCAGACCGUGGUCAAAGACGAUAACCUCACUCUGUGUCUCUGGGCCAACUUCAAGAAGAACCCAAGGUUUAAAGGGUUAAUCUUUGAAGAGGCCGGUCUGGGCUUUGAGCUUCCCAAACAGCUGGCCGUGAGUGAUAUUGCUGUACGGAUCCUCCACACACGUUACGACCACUUGUCCCUGCUGGCCAGGAUGGCUCAUAUGAGAAUACAUACCCCCAGCCACAGGUCUCUAAAGGGCACUGAGGAGGUUCCAGCAGACGCAGAUAUGCCCGAGCAGGAGGAGACUAAAGGAGAGGAGGAGGUGAAAGAGGACGACGAGACUCAGCAGCAGAGAGUGGACGAGGAGGUGCAGUCAAUCCAAGGGUCUGAAGGGCGGAAGAGCGCAGCCAGUCUACGGUCGGAUGGACGAGAGAGCCAAGUACAGACCCAGAUGGAGGCACUCGGUGCUGAGGGUGACUUAACUUCCCCUACAGUGCAGCUGACGGCAAGGUACGACAGUCUCCAGGUGGUGGAUUUAAUGCAGUACACACCUCUGGGUGGGGUCCUCUACUAUGAUGUGUUCCACCUCCCACCACAGGCCCACCAUGUCCAUGGAUGGGAAAUUAGACAGCUGUUGGACGGAGGGCUGCAGGUGUUCCCCUACCCGACGGAGAGGUCUCACUUAGACGACAGUGAAGGGCCCAGCUGCCCUCCAGUUGGUGUAACUGUGACGCUGCCCGACUCGGCCGUCUUCUUGGAGGCUCCCCAAGUGGCUCGCUGGGAUGCUGCAGGGAAGCAGUGGAGGAUGGAUGGCAUCAGUGACGUCUCUUAUGAUGAGGCGGAGGCCAAGAUCUCCUUCAUGAUGGACUCUUUCCAGCCCAUUGCGCUGAUGCAGGAAACAUACGCAAACUUCCCCUUCCAGAGCUGGGAGCUCAGACCACUGGGCCAAGACUCAGCUCUUUUCACCGUCAACGGGGCACUCAUCAAGCUCAGUGUCACGAUCCAGGGUAAUCGGUGUAUGUUGCAGUCAGAGCAAGAGAGAGGCCUCUCUCACCUCACAGGGAAAUGGAUGAGCCGCUCCGCCCUGCAGAGAGCCACGCUCAACGCUGGGAUCAACAUCUUUGUGAACGAGUACACGGACAAAUACGUCAGCGCCUGCGGCAAGGAUCCGCUCACAGAACAUGCAGCCUACGAACAGAUGGCACUCUUUGCCUCCGCUCUUGCUUUCUCUUGGAGCAAGUGGAACUCUAAAUGUGGCGCUGAGCGUCUGGUCUUGCAGGUGUGUGAGCAUCUCAGCCCUGCCCCUGUUUCCAAGAGCGAGUGGAGUCUCUACCUGCUGGGUGCUCAGAGGAGUCAGAAGCUGGAAAUGACAGAGCGAAGCCAGGCUUUCUCUCCUGACCAUUACCCCGGCAGUGACUUUCACUCCACCUUCAUCCACAUGCUCCAGGACGACAUGAGCACUGACGGCCUUGCUAGGACCAGAGAAUCCAGUUAUCUGUUCGUAGACACCGUACAGAGCCUUCUGUGCUCCACCAGACCCCUGAUGUAUUCAUAGUCUGUAUGAAACUAUUUUUCUUUUUUUUUUUUUUUAAUUAAAGCCAUUAUAAAUACC